CAGGGAAGUCCCCCGUGUGUGCCGUACUGUAUAUUAGUGUGCUGGCCUGUACUGCUGCCAGUACAGGCCAGCACAGAACUGUUUUGUGUUCAUAUAGAACAGGGUCCAACCAACAUCCCUGGCGAGAAAAACUGAUAAAGGAAUGACUGACGAAAGGACGCCUCUGAUUACAAAUGGCAACACCGUAAUAUACACCAGCAACAAGAGAUUGUUUCUCGCUGUUUUCGCGGCUGUUUUGGGGAACUUCAAUUCUGGAUUCUCCCUGGUUUACGCCUCUUCUGCUAUUCCACAACUGACAACCAUCGACAACCCCAACCUGAGAAUGAACACUCUCAUAGCCUCCUGGUUUGGGUCUAUGUUCACACUGGGAGCUGCGGCAGGGGGCAUCAGUGCCAUGGUGCUUAAUGACAAUAUAGGGCGGAAGCUGAGCAUCAUGGUCUCGGCUGUCCCCUCCGCCGUGGGCUACCUCUUGAUGGGCAGUGCCCAGGCUGUGUGGAUGCUCCUCCUGGGUCGCUUCCUCACAGGAUUUGCUGGAGGAAUGACAGCAGCUUCCAUACCAGUGUACGUGUCUGAGAUUUCUCACCCCAAAGUGCGCGGCACAUUAGGAUCUUGUCCCCAGAUAACAGCUGUGUUUGGAGCCCUUGCCCUCUAUGCUCUUGGGCUGGUGUUGCCCUGGCGCUGGCUGGCUGUUGCAGGGGAGGUGCCCACCCUGAUCAUGCUGAUCCUCCUGUGCUUCAUGCCCGACUCUCCUCGAUAUCUGAUUGCUAAGGGCAGGUCGGACCAGGCUCUCAAGUCGCUGGAAUGGCUGCGGGGCUCUGGGUCUGACUACAUGACGGAAUACUACCAGAUCGAGGAAAGUGUCAGCCUGCAGGCAAGAAUCACCUGGGCAGAGCUGGGCACACCUUUCUACUACAAACCUAUUCUGAUCUCUGUGGUGAUGAGGUUUCUACAGCAGAUGACAGGCAUCACUCCAAUCCUGGUCUACCUAGAACCCAUAUUCAACAUGAGCAAAGUCAUUCUGCCAGGGCAAUAUGAUGCAACUAUUGUGGGAGCUGUACGCUUGGUGUCAGUGCUGAUUGCUGCUAGUCUGAUGGACAAGGCAGGCCGGAGAAUUCUGCUCUUCACAUCAGGAUUCCUGAUGUUCCUCUCCAUGCUGGUCCUGUGCCUGUACACUCUAUACACGUCCUGCCCAGCCCACAACGUUAACCUCACUGCCAUCCCCUCUGGACUCAUCGUUGCCCAAGAGCCCGGGAGUCCCCUCCAGAUGGCCUCCCCCAAUCUCGUCACUCUCAUCCCACUCAUCGGCACCAUGGUCAUCAUAUUCGGCUACGCCAUGGGCUGGGGUCCCAUUACAUGGCUGCUGAUGUCUGAAAUCCUGCCACUGGGGGCUCGAGGGGUGGCAUCUGGCCUGUGUGUGGGAGUCAGCUGGAUCACGGCUUUUGUCCUGACACAGGUCUUCAUGACAGUUGUGGAAACCUACGGCCUGUUUGCUCCCUUUGCAUUCUUCUGUGUGAUAAGUGUGAUCAACCUUAUUUUCACCGGAGCAGCUGUCCCUGAGACCAGAGGACGCUCCCUUGAAGAGAUAGAGAACUAUUUCCGGACUGGACGCACAUUAAGCAUCAACCGCAGAUGAUGCUAAGACUUUGGGACUUUCUGUGGCUUACUGCCAAAAAUACAAUUUGCUGCUCAGUAAUGUAGGAGAAAUCUCCUUUUGUGACCACUCAAUGCAGGUGGAGCAACAUCACAGUCUAAAUCUGUACAGUGCCAAUGAGGUUUUGUUGUUGCAUCUCUCUAUACCUCAAACAUCGCAAAGAUAAACUUUUAAGAUGGCAAUGCACUUUGUUUCAGGACUCUACGCAUCAGAUGGGAAACAGUUUGAAAAAUGUCUUUUUUACAAAGAGAUUUACUCAAUGAAUUUAAUAAGUCAUGCACAAUUACAAAUCACAUGCUGUUGUGUCUUGAAAAUUAGAAAACAAAAACAAGCCAGAGCAGUGUUAUACAAUAUAUAUAGGGAUUGGGAGAUAUAUUUGGGCAUCUGAAGAUUGUAACAUUACAUGCAAGCUAGUCUUAAAACUUCCUAAAAAUUACUGUAAAUCCAGAGUGUAGUUCUGUGAUAAUGACAAAUGUUCACCAGGACCUGUAACUCUGUUACAAUACAGUUCAGAGUUUUGGAAACAACAAGUACAAAGAGGAUGGAGGCAGAAAAAAUAUUUUUGUCUUAUUAUUCUUAAAUAAAAAUCACAGGUGGCUACCACAUUCACACUGCAGGUAACAAAUGAGGACUGGUACAGUAGAUAGGCUCUUCCAACAUGCCCACCUGUUCAACAUCUGUUACAGGCUCCAUGUGAGAAAUAAUGCGAUUGAAUAAGUCUAUUGCCAAAAAAAACACAUAUAGGUAUUUUUAUAAAUACAAUAUAUUUUACAAUAGAUGCCUGACAGAUCACAAAAAUUGUGUCUUGAGUUUCACCAGCUGCACUGACAACCCUGGCUAAUGGCAUCCACCAGCUGAAGUGUACACUGCCACUUGAGAUAUCCCAGUAAAAGUUGGACAGUCACACCACUAGGGUCUUUGGAACACCAAUAUUUUUCAUUUUGUCACAGUAAUCCCCUAAUAUCUUUUUUAUCUUUUAACAAGUUAAAUAAUAUUAACCUUUCCUCCAAUUUCCCUAUACAUGGAAUUUCCAAAGUUUAAAACAGUGCUGUACACUGUAUCUUAGUAAUUACAAUAUUUCCACUUGGUCAUAUGUAGAUUACACUAUUAUACAUGUAUAUGAUAUACUGUAUACUAUAUUGAGCUAUAGGUGUGUAGGUUUCAAGGUGUCAUUUAUACUAAAAAAGAAUGAGAUCUAUAUAUAAAAAGGGAUGGUAUAACCUUUUAAGUCUAUAAAGUCUGGUAUAUUUUCAAUUAUAUAAUAAUGUCUUGAUGAUGACCUUUCCAUUAAUGUUAUUCAAAUUAAAAUAAUAGUUUCCUUCACCGCCUGAAAUAA